GGGAGGGGGGGUGUUUUGGGGGGUGGGGGGUGGGGGGAAGGGAGGAGUGCUGCCAGCGCUGCGUACUCAAUGUUAGCGAGGAGACAUUGCACCCUUUGCGUGGGCGCUUUUCACCAAUUAUCCCUCCUCUCAUCGGCAAUGAUGCGACCGACUUUUUUUGGUCCGAUUGAUUUUUUUAAAUUUUAUAUUUUAUUUUUAUUUUUUUUCCCCUGUUGUGCUACUGACACACAGCCAUUCGUAUACCUCUCCUCAUCUUCGCAAGCACAUUGUCUUCACACCUCUGUAAUGACGGCUAUGGUGACGUCUAUGGUAAACGAGGAUGGCGAUCGAACUGCUGUACUCAUUGGCAGACGUACCUCUCGUCGUCUUCGCGAGCACGUCGCCUUGGCGUCUCAAUAAUGACGGCUAUGGCGAUGGCUAUGGUAAUGGCUAUGGUGAUUUCUAUGGCGAUGGCUAUGGCUAUAGCUAUGGCGAUGGCUAUGGUGAUUGCUAUGGCGAUGCGUAUUGUGAUGGAUACGGUGAUGGCUAUGGCGAUGGCUAUGGCGAUUGCAAUGCUGCUGUACACAUUUGGCAGUCUUACUUCUCGUCGUCUUCACGACCGCACCGCAUGGACAUCGCUGUGGCGCCGGCUAUCGCCAUAGCCAUCGCCAUAGCCACCGCGGCUAUUGUGACGGCUAUGGCGAUGGCUAUGGCGAUGACUAUGGCAAUGGCUAUGGCGAUGGCGGUUGGUAUGCUGCACCGAUUUCGACAGUUGGUGAAAAUUAACCCAAGUAGGUAAGAAUGAAUGCUAAGAUUCAUUCUUGAUAAUUUCUUACAGAGAUGAAUGCGGAAUCUGUACGUGAAAAAAGGUACUUCCAACUGUCAGUGAAAGGUGCAGAGUUAAAAAAAAAAAAAAACAUGAAAGAAAUUGCGGAGGGGUUUGGAUUUGCUUGGGUGGUCUGUAAGAAUGAAUUGCUAAGAUUCAC